GUCAUUUCGAAGACAAGCCACGAAAGCAUGCCUGCUGCCUGCUUCUAAUUUCAAGUAGCGAAGACUACUGAAUUAAAAAAAAAAAAAAAAAAAAAAAAAAAAAAAAAAAGAAAUACAGAAAUUUUCAUGAAACGUUUUCUAGAAUACUUACUACAAGCUUCAUUGAAUAUUGUUUGGAAAUUAAACUUUAAAUAAAUAUGGAAACAGAAUUUACUGAGGAAGCAGAACUUACUCAAGAAGAAGUGGAUGAUUUCUUGGUGAAGAAUCCAAUAUUCGUUAGAUCAUGGCUCUCUAGGCGAGGAUUGGGUGACUUGGGGGAAGAAUUAUACAAUCAAAAGUUAAAGGAAGAAGCAAUGGAUUCCUUUAUAGACUUUUUACAAAACCUCUUGUUUCACAAGAAACUUUCCCGAAGAAACCAACUCGAAUCUCUUACUACAAAUGAAAUGUACAAAGAAAUAUUGAAAGUUCUUAAUUCCGAGAUUCAUAUACACUUUGUCUGUCAUAAAGUUCUUCAGAAUCUAUGUAUCUUACUUCAAUGUGAAAAAGCAAAUCUUUUUAUGGUUCGAGGAGCUGGAAAAAUUCAAUAUCUAACGUCGACCCUGUUUGAUGUUACAGCUGAAUCUACUCUUGAAGAAUCACUUCAUACUGAAGAAAACGCCAUACGCGUUCCCUUCGGAAAAGAUAUUUCAGGAUAUGUAGCUCAGAGUAAGUGUUUACUAAAUAUUAAGGAUGCAUAUCAGGAUCCUCGUUUCUUAUCUAAUGUCGACGAAAAAACUGGAUUUCGCACCAAAAGCAUUCUAUGCGUGCCAAUUCUAGACAGUGGUGAUAAUUUGUUAGCUGUCGCUCAAAUAAUGAACAAAAAAGAUAACCAUUUUGAUUCUGAAGACGAAAUAAUCUGCGAGAGUUUUUUGUCCUUUUGUGCCAUUAGUAUGAGAUGCAAUAAUUUUUUGCGAAGAUCAUUUGAGGAAUACGCACAUCACAAGUUAUUACUGAGACUGAAUCGAUGUAUACUAAAAUAUCAAAAUUCUCUAAUGAAACUAAUAUCUGAAAUUACCAAACUUGCCAUGGAAAUGUUACAGUGUGAGAGUAUUAUCAUCUAUUUGAGUGAUCCGAAAAAGGAUAGUAUUCACCCAACUGAAACUUCGAAAGUUUUUCAGUUAUUAAAAGGAGCUUCAGAUAUCUCAGAAGAAAUUAUAACACCUAAAAUAAAAUUGGCAAUUGAACAAAAUAUUAACAGCGGAAAUACUUUGGAUAUGUUUCUUUCGAGGGAAUUUAUUGAGCAAGACACCAUAGAUCUUGAAUGUAAGAUUGAAAGCCAGCUGAUUUGUUUAGCUAUUAAAGAUGCCAGCAAGAAUUUUGUAGGCUGGAUCGUAUAUAGCAAAGAUUCAAGGGAUAUUUUUAGUCAAAAUGAUAUCAGCUUGAUGGAAAUAUUUGCAAUGUUCUGCGGUUUAGCUAUCUAUAAUUGCCGUCUUUAUGAAACUGCGGCAAAUAUGCUGGAUCAGAUAGAAUUUACAAACAAAGUACUUAGCUACUAUACUACUUGUGAUCCAGAAAUUGUAGAUCAUUUUUUAAGUAUGGAGGUACUAAGUUCAAGUUUUUACAAAAUUUAUCGAUUCGACUUCAAUGACUUCUUAUAUUCAGAGGAUGACUCUAUUUUGUUGGUUGUUCGCAUAUUUUUAGAAGCCAAAACAUUAUCCGUUCUCAACAUACCUAAAAAAUUAUUAUAUAGGUGGAUACUAACUGUUAAAAAGAACUAUCGACCUGUCAUCUAUCAUAAUUGGCGUCAUGCUAUCAAUGUUACUCAAAUGAUGUUUUGUAUGUUGACUACUGGGAAAUUGCAAAUAUAUUUCACAGAAUUUGAUCAGAUUUGCCUAUUGAUGGCUUCUUUGUGUCAUGAUCUUGAUCAUAGAGGAUAUAAUAAUGCGUUUCAAGUGAAGACAGCAUCUCCUCUUGCUACUCUUUACAGCACGUCUGUGUUGGAAAACCAUCAUAUAGAUCGAAGUAUCAUGAUAUUAAAAAAUGAAGAUACAAAUAUUUUACAAAACGUUUCAGCUGAAAAGUAUCAGCAUGGCCUUAAAUUAAUCGAGAAAGCAAUCAUUGCUACGGAUCUCGUAAUAUAUUUUGAGAGAAGAAAUAUUUUCAAACGGAAAAUAGAAGUCGAUGACCAAACGUUGUCAUCUCAAGAAAGCAUUGAUUUACUAAUUAGCAUGAUGAUGACUGCGUCUGAUCUUUCAGCUAUUACUAAGCCAUGGGAUGUUCAAAGAAAGACUGCUAUUAUGGUCGCAGCCGAAUUCUUCGAACAAGGUGACUUCGAAACCCAAUGUAAAUAUACUGUGUUGCCUAUGAUGGAUCGCAAUAAAAGAUACGAAUUGCCCAAAAUGCAAGUUGGUUUUAUUGAUUUUGUGUGUACAAUAGUUUACAAACUUCUUUAUCAGGUGCGUGAGGAAUUAAAACCCCUUUACGAUGGGAUGCUUGAAAACAGAGCUCAUUGGUCUGAUAUUGCAAAUGGUAAUGAAAAAUUUGAUAUUGAUAAAGAGUUGGAAUUAGUUUUAUAUAACAUUUCACUGGAAAGUGCUAUAACAAUCGGAGACCAAUUAGAGACGGAAGACAAAGGUAUUUCGACCCAAACUAUUUUAACAUUUGAUCGAAAGCAAAUGGAUACUCAGACUGAUAUUUCAAUCCCAGCAGAUAUAUGUCAACCAGAAACUACCAGACCAUCUUUGAAAACCGUUGAGACAAAAACAGUGGACAGUCAAACCGAAAAUCGAACUCUGGAAGUGUCUUCGGCAUUAACUCAAACAGAAAGGGCUUCUUUGAGGGAAUCAGAACACUUGCCGAUUGUAAUGCCACACGAACAACCAGUGAUUAAUAUAGAAACAUCAGAAGACGCUGACACUGGGCAUGAAAAGGUGUUUUUACAGAGAAAAGCUCACAGUACUUAUGCACAGCCAACUCAAGCUAUGCCUGUAAUCAAUCGGCAGAGACGAACUAGUUGGAUCGAUGAAGUUGCUGAAGACAAACGUAACGAAUUAUCACAAAGCCGACGAGGAAGCCAUGCUCUGAAUGCCUUACCUGAAGAACCCACCCAACCAUUCAGAAGAAUGAAUCGUGUUUUUCAACCACCAGUACGGCAAAGACUAUCAUCUUUAGAACCCGAAUAUAUCAAAAGCACACCAUCAAACGAAACCAUCAUCUCGGAUGUUAAUACACAAAUGACUGCAAAGGAAAGGCCUUUCAGAGCAUCGUCUGUUGACUCUCAGGAGAUGAAAGCACAGAAUCUCACAGAAAAACAAGAGAGCAUGAGAGGAAUUGAAAAAAACACUGAAGGUUGUAGACCGCAGGUAGACCCGCAGUUAAAAGAUCCGGCGUUGAACUCCGAUAAGCGAAGACGAAAAUGCGCGAAAAUUACUACGAAACCAAACCCUACUCAAAAACUAAGUGUUCUUAAAAGCAGAAUGUGCAUGAUAUCCUAGUUUCAGAACAAAAGAGAAAACAAUUACUUUACUUGCUCAAAAAAAAAGAUAAAGAAUGUAAAUCAAGGGAUUAUGUAAGUCUUUCACGAAAUUCUUCAGUUAUUUAGUAUUUCAAGAAAACGAUAAAAAGAUAGAUUGACUAUUCAUUUAUUUUUGUAAUGAUGUCAGCUUCAAACAUAAGAACCUAUAUAAGCAGUGAUGGCGCUAA